CGCGCUAAGAACCUUAAGCAGGAUUAAUUAAUGUCAAAGAAACGACCUGAAAAACGCCCCAGCAGUUACCGCUCUCCCGGUCUUGUCAUAAUUAUGCGCCCAGAUUAAUGCCAGAUACACUGAAGACCGUCGACAGCUUCUUUGUCUGAAAACAGGCGUUUUUCUACUUCACUGUUUUUCUUUCUUACCACGGGGGCCUGGUCAAUCGACAUGGCUACUGUAGUCUACUCAUAGGGCCGAUAUGGGCUUGUCCUGGGCCUUAAAGGGCAUGCUUUCCACAAUCGCUUACCAGGUCACCAAGUUCUCAUAUUUGGUCCGUUCCAUUCCACGCCCGCUGUCCUCCAAGACUAUCUAUGUACAGCCCGUCCUGGGGAGAGAUACAGAGAAGAAAUACCGAUCGUUGUGCUGUUAAUACCCGUAGUACACGCGUAUUAUUUCUAUGGCUCGUCGAUCGACUCGGAAACGGCCCGAAGCCACUCCCGAGCCUGCACCAGCCCCAGCGCCGGCUGCUGCUUCUGCUGAGCCUAAGUCAGCGACGAAGAAAAGACGCGCAUCCCCCGCCACCAAAGCGGAUCCAAAGAAGCGAAAACUCAACCCUGACACUCCUGACGACCUGGAGGACAAGCCAAAGAAGCCCACCCAAACCGCCGUCAAGAAAAAACCUGCCUCGAAGAGGGACUCUGCAGGCAAACGGACGAAAACCAAGUUCUCUGAGGAGACCAAAGAUAGCGCGAAGGCACAACCCAAUGUCUCCAAAGAGGAUAGCAAUAGCAAGGUUACAAAGGCAAAAAAAGCAAGGUGUUCUGACGAUGAGAAAAGAACAAAGACAGAAACAAACCCUCCCAAGGAGAACAGCAAGGUGAAGAAGAUAAAGGCAAAAGUCUCUGACGGCAGAAAUGUCGCUAAGAAAACCACCAAGGAUGCCGAGGACACAAAAAAGGCCUUCCGGGGUCCCAAGAAGAGCGAUAAGUCCGAGAAAACCUCUUCUCACGAGUCUGAAGCCGAGUCCGACAACAGAUCAAAGGCGGCAGGGUCUACUGCCACUAGGGAGGAUAGUUUUGUCACGACGUCAAUCCCAGAAUCGGGAAUAUCUGAGAUGGCCUUUUCGGUUGCCGAAGCAGAUGAUGAUGGACAAACCGGAGAUGAUGAGAACCCGGAUAGCACAGCAGAUGGCGGUGGACAUGAUGAUAUUGGGACCCAAAGGGUUUCGCCGUUACCUUCGGACCUAGACGGGGGCGCCACUGAGCUAGAGACAGACAUUGAGCUAUCCAUGCACAGAAUGAAUUCUGGGGAACAGCAUGGGGCGAGGGAUCCCGGAGACACCCCCUACCAGGAUCAUACCUUGCACCCCAACACCAUGCUGUUCCUGAAGGAUUUGAAAGAGAACAAUAGCAGAGACUGGCUCAAAGAAUACUGCUUUGAUUACCAACAAGCCAAAAAUGACUGGGAGAGUUUCAUAGAAAACCUCACAAAGAAGAUCAUUGAGAAAGAUAAAACAAUACCUGAACAGACUACCAGAGACAUUAUCGUCCGUAUCCAGAAGGACAACAGAUCGAGCAAGGACCAAACGUGCCCGUACAAGACGUAUUUCUCGGCUGUUUGGUCUCGUAGCGGUAAAGACGGUAACCAUGCUUCCUAUUAUAUUCGUCUCGAACCUGGUUCCUGCUAUGUCGGUUCGGGAUUCUCUUGUACAGGGUUCUCCCCGCAAGAUAAACUUGCACUUCUUCGUGCAGACAUAGACAAGAAUCCAGGCCGUUUGAAGGCAAUCUUAAGGGAGCCGAAUAUGCGACGCGAAUUUCUCGAAGGAGCACCUGACAAGGAAGAAGAAGUUGUUAAAGCUUUUGUUGAGCUUCCCGAGAACAAAGAAAAUGCAAUGAAAAGCCAACCAAAGGGAUACGAAAAGGAUAACGAAAACAUCGAGUUGCUCCGUCUACGCAGCUUCAAUAUCGGCAAACAGCUUUCCGAUGCCGAGUUUCUGGGUGUCGACGCGCAAGACAAGAUUGCUGCACUCGUCGGUAUCAUGGUGCCAUUUGUCUCCUACCUGAACAGUGUCAUCAUGCCUAAUUGAUUAUCCCAACUCUCUGGCCCGUGAUAGAGCGCUUCACGGCGUAGGGGGCAGCAAAGUUGAGGCACCUUUGUGAUGCUUGGCGUGUGCUUGGGUUGCUCCUUCUCUGGGCUUCUCGGGAUCUUCGUUUAGGUGUCUCCUGCCCUUUCUUAAGGAGGCUAGGGUGGUUUUAGUCACACACAGACACACAGACGGACGUUGGGAGCUCCCCUAUUAUUCCAAAAAGAAAAAUAAUAAUCUAUUGGGCAGCUCCUUUGCUUUCCUCUCGAUGGAGUCCACUGGCGUACCGGUCUUUGCUGUCUCCCAUUAUAUCUGCGUGAGCAAUCAUAUGCUUUUUGUUAUUUUCUCUUUUUUAAAUAAUAAUAUUAAAAAAAACUAACAGACGCGUCAUUUUGUAACAAUGCUUGGGGUGUACAGCGAUACUCUCGGUCUGCGCCAACUGACUUACGACACCAUCUCCGGGAUUAUAAUCCAUGCAUCCGCGUCUCACGCCGUCUCCUGCAUCGUCUUACCGUGGUCACAAUAGCCAUGGAGCAGUCUAUUGUCUAUAGUAUCCUAUAGGGUAGACCCGGUGACGGCACGCUCCGCCCCCAACUCCAUUGCUACUUGGUCUGCCUGCAUUCUAAUGACUCAAAACCAACAUUAAAGAGGCACCUUUGCUGGAUAUAAUUCGCCUGCUGGUCCGCGCACCAUAGCCGGCCCGUUGGCCACUCCGCUAGUAUCACGGUAGUACUGACACCGUAGAUACAUAUGCAGUACGCCAUAUCUAUCUAAUGCACGUACGGAGGACCUGACUCCACGAAAGCUUCCCAUCCAUACCCACUUAUGGAUUUCGGUCUUCUAUAACAAGCGCUAUUGGACAUCGGGGACCACCAUAAUCGACAGUCUCGCGCAGUGCACUGCAUCUAUUGGAGACCGGUUCCGUAUUCCCGCAUGUAGAUGGGGAAUUGCCCCCCCCCGUCAACCUACAGCGUACUCAUUUAUUCCUCGCCCUGCGGGAGCGGACGUCAACUGGCAUGCCGCUUCUAUGCGAGCCCAGGCUUUUCUGCAUCAGUACCCGAUAGUCGUCGAUUGAGCACUAUAAUCUAUUGGGGUCUAAGCUCUUGUAUAUGCCUAGUAACAGUUAUCCACCAGAGAUACGCAGUAUGGUUGUAGCCCGGACGUGGGUAAGCCCUGUUCAAGGCGCCGUCUUGAUGCAACCCAUCUGCUGCCUAGGACAAUUGCCCAGACCUGCAAUGGGUGCUGCAUGAUGCAGAAGGACGGUAAACAAUUAUACCUGUUGAGAUAGUUAAUAAUUACCAUGUUGCAUCUCUUCUAUAGGAAACACAGCCAUCGAUAACCGUG